AUGAAGAAAAACUUUUUGAAAAAUAUGCACAUACAGUUUCGGGACUACUGCAAUCACACAAGUGUGCACGGUUUUCAAUAUUUUGGUGAGAAAAAUAGACACAUCGUCGAAAGAAUUUGGUGGUUAAUAGUUUUUGUAAUUUGUUUGGCUGCUUGCGUUAUUUCAAUUUAUGCUGUUUAUAAAAAGUGGGAGGAAAGUCCAGUAAUCGUUAAUUUUGGCAACACGCGAACCCCGAUAUAUACAAUUCCCUUCCCGGCUGUAACAAUUUGUCCCGAAGCAAAAUCAGACCGAAGGAUUUUUAAUUUUACCGAAGUAGUGUAUAAAAUGGUGGACGGGAUACCAUUAAAUCUUUCUGAAAAAGUUCGGUUUGAAUAUAUGUCUUUGAUUUGCAACCAAUACCCAGAAUUAAAUUACACCAACAAUGGCACUUUUUCUGAAGAAUUUUAUGACGUUCUCAAAGCCGUAACUCCAAAGUUUCAAAUUCUAGGCUGUUCUUUUUUCGAAGAUGUGAAAGACAGAUGUGAUAAAUUUUAUGUGCCAGUUAUUACUGAGGAAGGAAUAUGUUAUUCGUUCAAUAUGCUUGACGGACAGGAAAUUUACAGGAAUACUGUAUUACCACUGAAAGAUUAUUACCAAAGACCGGGGUUCGUAUAUGAAAACAGUAGUAUUUGGAGUUUGCAAGAUGGCUACUCUGAAAAUGCAGGUUUGUAUGCCUACCCCAUAAGAGCUUUCUCAGCAGGAGCAAAAAGUGGACUUACUUUGAAUAUCUUAACUCCAAGCGAAGAUUUAGAUUAUACAUGUAAAGAUGCUCUGCAAGGAUAUAAAGUUAUGCUUCAUACUCCUAUGACGAUACCUCGCCCAAGUAAAAAAUAUUUCAGAGUACCCCUUGAUCAGAGUGUAAUGGGGGCCAUUGAACCUGUGAUGAUUACAACUUCGUCAAGGGUAAAAACUUAUAACUACGAACGACGAAAAUGCUUUCUUUCGAACGAACGUCAGUUGAGAUAUUUUAAGAAUUACACCGCAUCCAAUUGUAACUUGGAGUGUUUAACUAACUAUACAUUGGACGUAUGUGGUUGUGUAAAUUUUUAUAUGCCUCGCGAAAAUGGGACCACGAUUUGCGGUACUGGUCAAAUAGAAUGCAUGAAAUCGAGAGAAAGCAGACUGAGAAAAUUCUAUUUGACUACUAAGAUUGAAAAUCCAGGUUAUUUCAAGGAAUUUGAUUGUAACUGUUUACCUCUUUGCACAGAUUUAACUUAUGAAGUUGCAAUUUCCCAAAUAAAUUAUGAAUGGAAAAAAAGGGCUUUUGCUCAACGAAGGCUCCCCGGUGUUCGCGCCAAUUCGCACGUCUCUGCUUUAACUCUCUUCUUUAAAUCAGAUGGUUUCAUAACUUCAGAAAGGAACGAACUAUAUGGACCUAUAGAUUUUAUUUCAAAUUUUGGUGGACUUCUUGGACUCUUCACAGGUUUUUCAGUUUUGUCUUUAAUGGAAUUUUUUUAUUUUUUGUCCAUCCGAAUUAUAUGCAAUGUGCGUUUGUUUGGGCAGUGGGCAGUUGUAGAAAAAGAGUAAUAAGUGGUCUCAUAUUUCUUAAUAAUAACGCGCAUUGUAGUCACAAAAGAAGAAUACAUCCUCUAUAUACUUUCAUUGACGAAAUGGAUGAAGGAUAUAUUAAUUUCUCUAAAAAAAAUUGUAUUUGAGGCACAUGUAUUGCUGUUAUUGAUUGGUUAAACUGAUAUCAUGCAUGUAGCAUUGUUGGAUGUAGUACUUUAUGUGUGCAUCAGUGUAGUAAUGUGUAUUAAUGUAGUAAUUAUAUUGUUGUAAAAUAUGUAGAUAAUAAUUUACUGUAUGCUCGUGUGGAUUUUUGCUAAUUUAUUAUUGUUAUGCAACAAUUUAUAACAUAAUCUUUAAUUA